ACUAAUUUGUUCUGUCGUCCGAAUGCCCAAUCUAUGGGUAGCUUGAGCUGUCCGUUUCCUCUCUACUAAGGCCACGACUGCCGCGUUCUCUUCUUCUUCUUAGGUUUUGGCUCCGGAUCGUUCACUCAUUGCCCUAUUCUUUUAAUCGAGCUCUGUCUUGCAACAGGUCUUCUGGAAGGCGGGAAUGCUGAUAUAAACUGGCCGAUCUGCCGGAAUAAGUUUGGGGGCUUUAAAUUCUGCAUUAUUUGUAAAUUUUGUCUUUAGCUGCCUUAGGGUGCCUUAGGGGCUGCACCUCAGUUUUUACUCCGGAGUUAUUAAAAAGCUGUAGUUGAAAGCUGAGUUAUAAUCAGACCUGACUACCUACUGGUUGCUACAAGAUUUGGUGACAGUUUUUAGUUCUGGGGUUUUGCAUCUGGAGAUUUCCGCUGAAUUCACUGAUAUCUUCCUUAGUUUAGAAUGAAUCCAUAUCUUGUCGGUGCUUUUGUGCCCAUUCUGAUUACUCUGAUACUCCAAAAGACAAAGGGCAGAAAGAAGCGCGGCUUACCAGUAGAUGCUGGUGGAGAGCCUGGUUUUACACUUCGCAAUCACCGUUUUGAGAAACCCGUUGAAUCACUUUGGGAAGGGGUCACAACCAUAUCUGAGCUGUUUGAGCAUUCCUGUAAGAAGUACCCGAACAAGCCAUUGUUUGGAACUCGAAAGCUUAUUUCCAAGGAAACUGAAAAGAGUCAAGAUGGCAGAUCCUUUGAGAAGUUCCAUCUUGGGGACUAUGAAUGGCUAAGUUAUGCUCAAGCUUUGGAUACUAUUUCCAACUUUGCUUCUGGUUUAAUCCAACUUGGUCACAAAAGUGAUGAGCGUGUUGGGAUCUUCGCCGACACACAGGCACAAUGGCAGAUAGUCUUACAGGGUUGCUUCCGACAAAAUCUCACAGUAGUUACCAUGUAUGCUUCCUUGGGCGAGGAAGCUCUUUGUCACUCCCUAAAUGAGACAGAAGUAACAACUGUGAUAUGUGGACGCAAAGAGUUAAAAAAGCUUGUUGACAUAAGCGGACAACUUGAUACUGUUAGACGUGUAAUUUGUAUUAAUGAGGAAGACAUCUCAAAUGAGAUUACACAAUAUCAGAAAAAUACUUCAUGGACGGUGUCCUCAUUUGCUGAAGUAGUGAAACUGGGCAAGGAAAACCCUCUUGAAGCAAAUAUGCCUCUUUCAGCUGACAUUGCUGUCAUAAUGUACACUAGUGGGAGUACUGGCCUUCCUAAGGGGGUAAUGAUGUCACAUGGGAAUGUUCUAGCUACUGUUGCCGCAGUUAUGACUAUUGUACCUGGGCUUGGUAGUAAAGAUGUUUAUUUGGCUUACUUGCCACUAGCUCAUAUUCUUGAAUUAGCGGCAGAGUCUGUAAUGAUUGCUGCUGGUGCCUCUAUUGGAUAUGGUUCACCUUUGACUCUUACUGACACAUCAAACAAAAUAAAGAAGGGAACAAAGGGUGAUGCCUCUGUUUUAGGACCUACUUUAAUGACUGCGGUACCUGCUAUUCUUGAUCGCAUUCGAGAUGGUGUGAGAAAAAAUGUAAAUGCAAAGGGUGGAUUUGCAAAGAAGUUAUUUGACAUUGGAUAUGGUCGUAGGUUUGCAGCAAUUAAUGGAAGCUGGUUCGGUGCAUGGGGACUUGAGAAAUUCUUAUGGGAUUUUCUGGUAUUUAGCAAAGUUCGGGCAGUUUUGGGUGGAGACAUCCGUUUUCUACUUUCUGGAGGGGCUCCUCUUUCUGGUGACACUCAAAGAUUCAUCAACAUAUGCCUGGGGGCUCCAAUAGGGCAAGGAUAUGGACUGACUGAAACUUGUGCUGGGGGAACAUUUUCAGAAUAUGAUGACCCGUCAGUUGGUCGUGUUGGCCCUCCACUUCCUUGCUCAUUUGUUAAGCUAAUUGACUGGCCUGAAGGUGGAUAUUUAACAACAGAUUCACCAAUGCCACGAGGUGAAAUAGUCAUUGGUGGACCAAAUGUGACUGCCGGAUAUUUCAAGAAUGAAGAGAAAACUAAGGAAGUAUACAAGGUCGAUGAAAGGGGCAUGAGAUGGUUUUACACCGGAGACAUCGGGCGCUUUCAUCCUGAUGGUUGCCUUGAAAUCAUAGAUCGGAAAAAGGAUAUCGUGAAACUUCAACAUGGCGAAUAUGUAUCGCUUGGAAAGGUAGAGGCCGCCCUUAUUGUGAGCCCAUAUGUAGAAAAUAUCAUGCUGCAUGCUGAUCCUUUUCACAGCUAUUGUGUGGCCCUCGUCACGGUUGCACCACAGGCUCUGGAAAGUUGGGCUCAGAGGCACAGGAUUGCUUUCAGGGAUAUAACUGAUCUAUGCCUAAAGGAGGAGACUGUGAAAGAAGUGCAUGCAUCACUAGCAAAGGCAGCAAAAGAAUCACGUCUGGAGAAAUCAGAGAUACCCGCCAAGAUCAAGUUGCUACCGGAGCCAUGGACUCCUGAGUCAGGUCUGGUAACCGCUGCUCUAAAACUCAAGAGAGAAGCCCUCAGAAAGGCUUUUACAGAAGAACUCUCUAAAUUAUAUGCAUAGAAAAGGCCAAAACAUAAGUUCUGAGAAGAGCAAUGAUUGGGUUCUUAGUUCAUUCCUCCUGCUCAUAGAGUUUAGGUUUUUCAGAUUUCAUAAAUCAUUGCAUACGCCAAAUAAUUUAUUUUGUUUUAGGGGGUGCAGUUUGUGAGCAGAUGUGAUGAUUUUCCUAAUUGUUAAGGCCAAAUAUAUAUUUUUUAUUGGCUUCUUUGUUAGUCUCUAAAAUGUUUGUGAUGAGAAGUUUUUAAUUAUCAAUUUUGUUUAUGUGCGGAAAA